AUGCUGCGCAACAUCUGGAAAAAUCACAGUCUCCCACAUCCAUCUUCGUACUACGCACUCAUCACUGUUCCUAUAUCCCUCUAUCGCACGAUUCACGCCCAUCCAGUGACCAGACCGAAAAAAUGUUGGAGCAAAUUGUGAGUCUCAUUAUUUCUUGUCUGCAAUCUCGGUGUGAAGCUGGCUAAAUUUGUUGUAUCAUACAUAGAACGUACCCGUCGACGCCGCCUGCUCUUGCGGUUGCAGCAAUUAUGAUCGAGACCACCACGGCUACUGCAGCAACUGUGGCCACCCAGAUAACCACUAAGGGUCAUUAAACCACAUCCCAAGUGAUUCUCGGGGGAAGGAGGUGUGUUGGCUCGUUGUUGAGGACCAGAAGUUGCCCUCGCGCCCACUCUUAGCCAUUCUU